UAUAAAACCAACAACAACAAAAAGUCAACAAUACAUUUCCUUUCAUAAAAUUUUUAAAUAAUAAAUAACAUAACUACGAUACACGAUCUACACCAUGUGUAGAAACGCUGCCAGCAAAUUGCAACAUUCAUUGCUAUACCCCCAUCACCAUCACCUUCAGUAUCAACAACAGCAACAUUAUUAUUUAACAGUAUUGAGUAUUGCUUUCAUAUUUGCCUUACAAUUGGGUUAUCAUGCGGUUGUGGCGGCCACUAUGACCACCACUACUAGCCUAGUACAAGUAGCCGCUUUAGCAACUGCAGUAACAACAGCCACUUCCGUUGUAGCAACUGCAGCCUCCACCGCCACUGUAAUCACCAAUUCCAAUCAAUGUUCCUGGCAAUACAAUGGCACCACUUCGGUGCGUUGCAAUAUACGUCUUAUAGAACGUAUUCUUAGUUUGGAUUUACAAGGUGCCGAUGGCGCUAGUCAACUGGAGAUAAAAUGCAGUGAUUUGUAUUUAUUUGAAUCGCAGCUACCGCAAGCUGCCUUCGCCCGCUUACAAACAUUAGAUGAGCUUAAGUUAGUUUCUUGUAAACUACUGCAAUUGCCCAACAAUGCCUUUGAGGGUUUGAGUACUGUGAAAACGUUAACUGUCAACACUCACAACUCGGAAUGGGGCCCUAGCAAAACAUUAGAGCUAUUCCCUGAUUCAUUGAUCGGUCUUAAACAGCUAACCGAAUUAGACUUAUCGGAUAAUAAUUUGCGAGCCAUACCGCCUGGAUUUCUUUGUCCUGUAGGUAAUUUGCAAGCACUAAAUUUAACGCGUAAUCGUAUUCGCGCUGCAGAGAAUUUAGGCUUUGCUGAUAUGAAUUGCAAUGGUGGUAGUGAGUUACAAAUCUUAGACGCCAGUCAUAAUGAAUUGCGUGCUAUCGCAGAGUCAUGGGGUAUAUCGCGUUUACGUAGGCUCCAACAUCUGAAUUUGCAGCACAAUAACAUCUCGGAGUUGUCCGGCGAAGCUUUGGCCGGCCUCUCGUCACUGCGUAUUGUUAAUUUAAGCAACAACCAUUUGGAAACUUUGCCAGAAGGUUUAUUUGCUGGCUCUAAAGAAUUACGUGAGAUUCAUUUGAAAAAUAAUGAGCUUUACGAGUUGCCCAGGGGUUUGUUUCAUCGUUUGGAGCAGCUUUUGGUCGUGGAUCUCUCAGCGAAUCAAUUAACCUCCAAUCAUAUUGACAACACUACUUUUGCCGGUUUAAUAAGACUGAUUGAGUUAAAUUUGGCUCACAACGCUUUAACGCGCAUUGAUUACAGAACUUUUAAAGAGCUUUAUUUCUUGCAAAAUCUCAACUUACGUAACAAUUCAAUUGGCCAUAUCGAGGAGAAUGCAUUCCUACCUCUUUACAACUUGCACACGUUAAAUUUGGCCGAAAAUCGUUUACACACUCUCGAUGAUAAAUUAUUUAAUGGAUUGUACGUCUUGUCAAAGUUGACAUUAAACAAUAAUCUCAUUAGUGUCAUCGAAGCGAAUGUUUUCAAGAAUUGUUCCGAUCUUAAGGAGCUGGAUUUGAGUUCGAAUCAAUUAAACGAGGUACCUCGAGCUUUACAAGACUUGGCAAUGUUGCGUACUUUGGAUUUGGGCGAAAAUCAAAUACGAACCUUCGACAAUGACAGCUUUAAAAAUUUACAUCAAUUAACCGGCUUACGUUUAAUUGAUAACCAAAUUGGUAACAUUACCGUAGGAAUGUUCGCUGAUUUGCCACGCCUCAGUGUCUUGAAUUUGGCCAAAAAUCGCAUUCAAAGCAUCGAGCGUGGUUCGUUUGAUAAAAAUUAUGAACUGGAAGCUAUUCGCUUAGAUCGUAAUUUUUUAUCGGACAUUAAUGGAGUCUUUGCAACGCUGAUGUCUUUGCUGUGGUUGAAUUUAUCAGAAAAUCAUCUUGUUUGGUUUGAUUAUGCCUUCAUUCCAUCGAAUCUGAAAUGGUUGGAUAUACAUGGCAAUUACAUUGAAGCUUUGGGUAAUUACUAUAAACUUCAAGAAGAGAUUCGCGUGAAAACCUUAGACGCCAGCCAUAAUCGUAUUACUGAGAUUGGUCCCAUGUCCAUUCCCAAUACAAUUGAAUUGUUGUUUAUUAAUAAUAAUUUAAUUAAUGCCGUGCAUCCGAACUCGUUUGUGGAUAAAGUGAAUUUAGCUCGUGUAGAUUUAUAUGCGAAUGCUAUGACAAAAUUACAAUUGCAGCAAUUACGUAUUGUGCCUGUGCCACCCACCAAACCGUUGCCUGAAUUUUAUUUAGGUGGAAAUCCAUUUGAGUGCGAUUGUACUAUGGAUUGGUUGCAACGCAUUAAUAAUUUAACAACGCGUCAGCAUCCACGUGUUAUGGAUUUGCCCAAUAUUGAAUGUGUAAUGCCGCAUGCCCGUGGAGCUCCGGUGCGUACAUUGACAUUGUUGAAACCACAGGAUUUCCUGUGUCGGUACGAUUCGCAUUGUUUUGCUUUGUGCCAUUGUUGUGAUUUUGAUGCGUGCGACUGCGAGAUGACUUGCCCCAAUAAUUGUACAUGUUAUCAUGACCAGAUUUGGUCUACGAAUGUUGUCGAUUGUGGUGGCCAGCAAACCACGGAAUUGCCACGCCGCGUACCAAUGGACUCCAGUGUUGUGUACUUGGAUGGCAACAACUUUCCAGUGUUGAAAAAUCAUGCAUUCAUCGGCCGCAAAAACCUCAAAUCACUUUUUGUGAAUGGCAGUCAAGUGGCCAGCAUACAAAACCGCACUUUUGCUGGCCUUAUCUCGUUGCAGGUGCUACACUUGGAAGACAACGUCAUGAAAUCGUUGCAAGGUUAUGAGUUUGAGCAUUUGUCUGCUUUAAAAGAACUGUAUUUGCACAACAACCUGUUGACAGUUGUAGAAAAUACAACAUUGGCUCCUUUAGUUUCAUUGGAAGUGCUAAGACUUGAUGGCAAUCGCUUAGUGACAUUACCCGUCUGGCAAUUGCAGCUGCCGCAAUUUAAGCAGCUACGCACCGUUUCUCUAGGGCGUAAUCAUUGGAGUUGUCGCUGCAAGUUUUUGCAAGAAUUGACCUCGUAUGUUGCUGACAACGCUCUAAUAGUGCAAGACUCUCAGGAUAUAUAUUGCAUGGAUGAUUCAUCGCCAUCAAGUGGCGUAAAUGGUGGUAGCACUAGCGGAGGCGGUGGUGGCGGUGGCGAUGGUGAUGGUGAUGGAGAUCGUAGUGGUUUAGCAAGAAAACGUGAACUGGAUUUUAAUGCUACAGCAGCGUGCAGCGAUUAUUAUGCAGGCGGUUCUAUGCUGCAACACGGCAUACCAAAAACAUACAUUCCCUUGUUGGCUGCCGCCUUAGCAUUAGUAUUCUUGCUUAUUGUUGUCAUCAUCAUAUUCGUGUUUCGUGAAUCGUUACGAAUUUGGCUCUUUGCCCAUUAUGGUGUGCGUGUCUUUGGGCCACGCUGUGAAGAGUCUGAGAAACUUUAUGAUGCUGUUUUGUUGCAUUCGCCUAAAGACUCCGAAUAUGUCGGUCAAUAUUUGGUUGCUGAAUUAGAAACUGGACGGCCACCAUUACGCAUUUGCCUGCAACAUAGAGAUUUAGCUCACGAUGCCACACAUUAUCAAAUAUUAGAAGCAUCUCGAGUAUCCAGACGCAUUGUUAUACUACUGACAAGAAAUUUCCUACAAACGGAAUGGUCGCGAUGCGAUCUACGGCGAGCUGUGCACGAUGCAUUACGUGGCCGUCCUCACAAGUUGGUUGUUGUUGAAGAAGCAGAAGCUCUCUUUGAGGCUGAAAAUGAUAUUGAGUUAUUGCCUUAUUUAAAGACCUCAGCUGUGCACCGGAUUAGAAGAAAUGAUCGUCAUUUUUGGGAAAAAUUGCGAUAUGCUUUGCCAGUGGAUUAUCGUAGUGGUAAUAAUUAUACUUUGGAUCAUAAUCAUGAACGUAUUAAGCAGCCAGCUAGUCCAGGCAUAUUGUAUAGGCCAGCACCGCCACCGGCCUAUUGCCCAGAAGGGGAAGGUGAGCAAAAUUAUUCUUCAGCUACUACAGCAACGCCUUCACCUCGACCACAACGUCGAAUAGAGCCCGUUGGUAACGGUUUGCAUCAUACCAUUACACAAACAGCAGGUAUACAUUUACAUCCUAAUGCUGCUGCUCAAGCCCAAGUUGCACCCCAGUAUUAUCAUCACGCUGGAGCGGGGUAUACGCAUCGCCCCCCCUCCGAGCAUAUAUAUUCCAGCAUCGAUUCCGAUUAUUCGACGUUGGAUAAUGAGCAAAUGCUGAUGAUGCCAUCGGCUCCACCUUCACCAUCAUUGCAUCAGGCAGGUAUGAAUAGCCUGCAUCGCAGUGUACAUUCACAACAACAACAGCAGCAGCAGCAACAGCAACAACAACAGCAACAUCCAAAUAUAUCACAAACUUGGCGGGCGCAACAAAAUCAAAAACAACGUGAUCAUCACGCAGUAACCGCUAAUGUCACUGCACAGCAUCAACAACAGCCAGUGAUGACAACAACUGCAGUGACCUCUACAUCUUCCACUAGUAACAACACUAUUACACCUGGGCAACAACAAGGACCACACGUUCAGGCAUAUUUAGUAUAAAAUUUCACUAAAUCUCAAAAAGUCUUUUGCUCCUUAAAUUAAGCCGAGUCUUUUGGAAAUUAAACGAGAAAAACAAACAAAAAGGAAAAGAAAGAAAAAACAAAAUUAAGAGAAAUCAUUUGAUUAUAGUGCAAAACGAUGCAAAGAUAACUCGAAACAAAUUAAUCUUUAACCACUAACACAAAGAGAGAAUGUACAAAAACACAGAUACACUUACAAAGAUAUAUACAGACAUAACUAUAAUGCUUUGAUGACUGAGUUGAUAACAUAGAGUGAAUGUUGGGUUAAAAAACAACACACAAAAAAAAAAAAA